AGGUGAGCCUAGUGGAACUGGGUGAUGCUGACCACCUCGCCAUUCUUCAAGGAUGCCCAGGGAUCCCAGGUGCCUCUGGCCCAAAAGGAGAACCAGAGCUCCCAGGAGCAACAGGAGAAAUGGGAGCCCAGGGACUCCCAGAGAAAGCAGGACCACCUGGUGCAAAAGGAGCAGCAGGAGAGCCUGGCUUCCAGGGACCAAAAGAAGCCAGGAACUGCCAUGAGCUGCUGGGCAAAAAGAAGUUCCUGAGCGGCUGGUACACCAUCUACCCCCAGGGCUGCAAUGCCACCACUGUCUUCUGCAACAUGGACACAGAUGGUGAGGGAUGGAUUGUUUUCCAGAGGUGCUGGGAUGGGUCGGUGAACUUCUUGGGAGACUGGGACUCAUACAAGCGAGGCUUUGGCAACCAGCUGACAGAUUUCUGUCUGGGGAAUGACAACAUCCACCUCCUCACCUCUCUGGGUAAGCUCUGA